GUUGGUUGCUCUGUUGUCACUUGUCAUCAUAAAAUAAAAAAUGAUAAUAAAUUUCUGUAAAAAGGUCAGAUUUUGUAUUAAAAUAUAAAUACAAUUUUAGUUUAUUAUUUACGUAUACACUGAUAUGAAUACCAAAUCCAGGUGGUUAUUAUAAUUGUGAAAUUAUUUGUACUUAGUUAAAUUUUCACUGUAAAAGUUGGAACCAUAAAACUUGUUUACCUGAAUGAUUUUAUAGUCAUUAAAACUCGAGGAACGACCCUAAUAAUACUUCUUACGGUACUGAAUAUUCACUAUGCAAGCUAAAGAAAACCCACUUAAAGAGAAGAAGAGUAGAUUACAACAUGAUCAUGUUUUAUCAGUUCUUAUGAUUGCGGUUGCAAUUCCGCUUUCUAUGUCUUUUUGGAUAAUAAAUAUAUUAUAUACAAAGAUGACCCAUGAAGAAAGUUUUGAAGAUGUGUCUUCAAUAUCUCCUACAAGAUGGUUAGCAUCAUGUUUGAUUCCUAUACCAAUAUCACUGUAUGGAUACAGGAGGAAGACGCUAAACCUUAGCGGAGCUCUUCUUGCUUUGGUUGUUGGAUUUGUACUUAUAUUGGCAAAUUAUUGCUUUUUGAUGACACUAUUAACAUUUUUCUUAACAUCAUCAAAAGCAUCACAUUUUAGGCCACAUUUAAAAAGAAAAUUUGAAGAAGAUUUCAAAGAAGGUGGUGAAAGGACAUGGGUUCAAGUACUUUGUAAUGGAGGGAUGGCAACCCAACUUGCAAUAUUGUACAUUAUUGACGUAGGCUCAUCUGAAAGACCUAUUGAUUUCAUUAAAGAUUAUAGAGCAUCAUGGCUCAGUAUGGGUGUUCUUGGUGUUCUUGCAUGUUGUAAUGGCGACACGUGGGCUUCUGAAUUAGGAACAGUACUGUCGCAUUCUGACCCAUACCUAAUUACAACAUUUAAAAGGGUGCCAAAAGGAACAAAUGGGGGUGUCAGUGUUAUUGGAACUAUUUUGAGCACAGUUGGUGGUCUUGUUAUAGGAUUGGCUCACUAUUUGUCUGUUAUGUAUUUUUCUGACAGAAUAUUGUUGACAUAUGCACCACCACAGUGGCCGAUAAUUUUGUAUGGUGCUGUUGGUGGUCUUCUGGGAAGCCUCAUUGAUUCACUCAUGGGGGCAACUUUGCAGUAUAGUGGUGUUGACAAGGAUGGGAAAAUUGUUUCCCACUCAAGAUUAUCUGUGAAACAUAUCAGUGGAAGAAAUAUUUUGGAUAACAAUAGUGUCAACCUAAUGUCUACUGUUAUCAUGGGAUUGCUAAUACCUACACUUUGUAAAAAUGUUUGGCCUAUAUCAUAAAUAUAUUUACAUGUAAAAAUUAUGAAUAGGAGUCUGAUACGUCCAUUACUCAAGGCUGCAUUUUAUUGUUGACUUUUUAUUUUAAAUUGAUUAUGUUAUUGUAAUUAAAAUAUAUAAUUAAGUUGAUUCUACUAUUUUUCAAUUAAUUGAUUAAUUUAUAAAUAG